UGAAACCGGGAUAAAGUUUCCAAAAAAAUUUAAGGAAAAAACUUCCUGAGAAAGGAGAAGCGUGCCAACCGCCAGUUUGAGCUCCCUUCCCUCUGCAGUGAGCAGCGCAGAGAGAGACAUCUUGAAAUUAUUCCCCUCAUCUGCAAGGAUAUUUAUACAUUUUUUUUUCUGUAACCACGGCUUCAAAGGUGGACACCGUUUUUUCCUCUCUAUCCCUGCAUUUCUUCAAGAAAGAAAUGGAAGAGGGCUCCAGUUCUCCAGUCUCCCCUGUGGAUAGUCUGGUGACCAGCGAGGAGGAGCUGGACCGGCAGCAGAAACGCUUCGCGAGGAAGAGGAGGAACAGCAAAAAGUCCAGCGAGGAUAGCAGCAGUAGCAGCCCGGGUCCCGUGAAGCGGGGGAAGAAGCCGAGUCCGAGCAGCACGCAGUCCUACGAGGAGCUGCAGAACCAGCGGGUCCUGGCCAACGUCCGGGAGAGGCAACGGACUCAGUCACUGAACGAGGCCUUCGCGUCUUUGCGCAAAAUUAUCCCCACGCUGCCGUCGGACAAACUCAGCAAGAUACAGACUCUGAAGCUGGCUUCCAGAUACAUAGAUUUUCUGUGUCAGGUGCUGCAGAGCGACGAGAUGGACAACAAGAUGUCCAGCUGCAGCUACGUAGCGCACGAAAGACUCAGUUACGCGUUCUCAGUGUGGAGGAUGGAGGGCGCUUGGUCUAUGUCAGCAUCUCACUAGCACCCAGAGACCUUCAUUUACAAUGCCAAAGCGACUGUUUACUUCUACAAAGUACGAAGACCAAAGGGAUUAUUGGAGAACCCAUCGACCUCAAAGGCAUGGCGGAGAGACGUAACGUGACCCACAAACUCUAGGGGAGUGUGCGUGGAUGCGAUUCAUCCCUUCUGACUGUCUGUCUGUCUGUCUGUCUGUCUGCGUAUGAGGAGGAAGGAAAAAAGACGGAGCCCUGCAACGUAGGCCCAGAAGUGUUACAACGAAUAGCUCGGAUUUAUGCAGAAGCAAUCCUUUAAUCGUUUCUAGAGGGAAAUAUAUAUUUUUAAAGACUCUAAACCAAAAGUAUAAAUAUAUAUAUAUAUAUGAAGAAAUGAACGCAUACUGUACAUACUCGUGUAAGUACGCAUGUAGACUGUAAAAGGGACCAAUGCAAUUUAGACUCUUUCGCUGCAUGGAUCUAUUUCACCAAUUUUCUUUUUUUCCCCCCUUUUUUUCUUUUCCUUUCUUUUCUUUUUUUAGCAAAUCUCCAGCCAAAAUCCGUCCAGUGUACAUUUUUGUUGUUUUUUUUUGCUUAUUUAUUAAAUCACGUAUUUUUGAACAAAA